CUGUCGGCCUUCUGCUACUGCUAUCCUAUGGUCAGGGAAUACAGAAACAAAUAACCCUGUUUAUCGGGGCGAUAUCAGGUGGUAUCAUGGACAACAUUCGAAACAAACUACUGGGCGUAUGUCCAUUGAAGAUGGUGUCGCCACCCGCUAAUCUGGGUUCAAUCGCUCCAGCCAACAAACACCAGGGCUUUGGGUUCGUCGACUACGAGGAUCCAGAUUUGCCAAUCAGGUGCGUCGACCUGCUCAAUGGCAUCGAGUUACCAGCGCGCAAAGAUGGCUGCGCAAACAACAAACUGCUGGUCCUAUACCUCUAUGAGGAUUUGCAGAUCAAAGCUGAUGAAAUUCAUGGAUGCUUCCUCCGAAGAAUCUUCUUCCUUGUCAAAGAUGUCAACCGCAGCUCACAGGACGCCCCAACCACUGGUCAGAUCGACGAAGAGCACUACGUCAUCCUGUCUCACCUCUAUGACCCCCAGGAGCCAUAUCUACCAGAGGGUCAGUGGGGCCUUAAAGUCAGGGAAGUCAGAGAGAACAUACCACAUAUACUGUCUUCGACCGCUACCACACCGAGUGGACCCAAAAUGAGGGAGUGGGGAAAGCCACUUGGGCAAACUCGCAGUAAACCGGUCGGAUUCGUAAAGGUGGAAGACGCAGGGGCAGCUACUGGCUUGUUGAGUACUGGACUUACGACGGAUGAAGAGCUCCGAAAGGAGCGGAGGGAAGCCAAGAGACGAGAUGAAGAGAUCUUGUCCAAAAACUAUGAGCCUCGUAUUGCAGCCCUUGAAUGGACAAUUUCACUACAGAACGCCAACAAAGAAGCCGAAGAAUGUGAUUGGGUGGAAAUGCAAGUACAACUGGAUGACUGGGAUGACGACGAGAGCGAUUAGCUGUACUCCGUAGACAGGCACACCAUUCGUUUGAACUAUCACAUACAUCACUUACGAUUUGUAUGCACAUAUCCCAGGGUACGAUGGCGACAAGCCCAGUCAUGUCAACUGGUCGCAGAAGAAGCUGCAGACGGCAGUCCCGUGGUUACGAAGAGCGUGAAGCAGAGAACCUCCAUAUCAAAUCCGCAAAGUUUCUUCACCCGUCAAAUGCAAGAUAUGCAAGUGCUCGCAAAGAAACCAUGCAAAGCGAGGGUGUUGCUCGACGACGGUGCACCUGUCGAACUCAACGUCUUGCUGCUCGGUCCUGAACCUGUCAAAAAACCAGAGCUGCAUGCUCAGAAGGAAGUCGUCAGGGGGGCAGCGACCAUAUUGGGCAGGAAAAAGGGGAG